AUGGGGCGCCUCCACGCGGGGGCCGUGGAUGUGGAGUUUCUGCAUCGGUUCCAGAUCGUGCCGGAGAUGAGGUCUGGCGGCGGCAGGACGCACGUGGACGCGUUUCAGGCCAUGGGGCAGCUGCAGGUCUCCAUCUCUGACACCCGCGCGGAGAAGCUGCUGCGCGAGAUUGACCAGGACAUGAGCGGCACCGUGGACCUGGCCGAGUUCCGCCACUUCCUCGUCCACUGGGGGGUCGACGUGCCGGAGUGGCAGACCGCGGCGAUCUUCGAGACUCUCAUGGUCAGCCUGAACAGGAACCCGUGCGUGGACGAUGUUCUCACAGCCAUCGCGCUGGUAAGCCACAGGGAGAAGGAGGCGCACAACAAGUACGGGGCGUACGCGGACGCGGCGCAGACGAUUGGGGAUGAGAUUAAGCGGUCAGGCAUGUCGCACGUGGACUUCUUCCAGAAGUGGGACGCCGACAGGAGCGGCUUCCUCUCGGCCUCGGAGCUGGAGCAGGCCCUGAUCCAGGGGCUGCCCGACAUCGGCCGCCAGUUCACGCGGCAGCAGAUCCAGGCCCUGGUCGGCUUCAUGGACACGCUCGGCGUGGAGAACGGCCGCGUCAGCCUCAUCGAGUUCCUGCGCGCCGUGGGGCCGAGGCGCCUGGCGCGCGACCUAUCGGCCGCGCUGCUGGGCGAGGUGCUGCGGCCGGUCUUCUUCUACAAGCACGUGCUCGAGUCCAUAUUCCAGAGGUUCGACGCGGCGGGCACCCGCGUCGUGUCGGCGGGGCAGUUCGAGCGGGGGCUCGAGGUACAGCUCAACAAAGCCCACCAGCGCGCCAAAGGCAUCGAGCGCAAGCUGGUGCAGGCGGUGGGCAAGUACAAUACUCUGGAGCAGCAGCUGGCAGCCCAGCGCGACGUGGUGGUACAGCUUCGUGCGGAGCUCGCCGAGGCGGAGGAGCAGCACAAGCAGUUGGUCCAGAAGCUCCACUCCCCCUUGCCGCAGGAGGCCUCCGUGCCGCGCAUGCCAGCAGACAUCCUCUUUGGCGAAUCGAUGCUUUCCUCGUUCUUCGACAUUGAGUUCGGUAACCUAUUCAAGCUGGAUGGUCACGACUUGUCCCCGGAGGAUCAGACUGAACUCGACUCACGGGCGCAGCAGCUCAAGACUGGGGUCAGCUCACUGGCCAAGGACCUGUUCCCGCAGGCGAAGGCCAAGGUGGACGCGAUCAAGAAGGAGCAUGCUGCACGCGCGGAGCGUAUUCAGAAGAAACGUCGCAUUGCUGAAGAUGAACAGGCUGGCGGCGCCGAGGACUACGCCCCCCUCUUCGAGCAGGCAGCUGUCGCUGCGGGGGCCUCAGCCGACCACGCUUCCUAUUCGGCCGUCUACACUCAGGUGCACGAGGCCGCCCAGGCCGCCGACGGCAAGCACCUGCUAGAGGUCGGUGCCUUCUGGACAGCAAGCUUCACGCUGCCCACCAGGAUCGCCUUGCCCACUGGUGGCUUGUGA